UGCUUCUUACGAGAGGAUUCGUGUUUUGAAACUUCAUUUAUUCCUUCAUUUAUUUGAAAGUUAAAUGUUUAAGUUGAUGUGUGUUUAUUUGAUUAGUUAAAAACAAACAUCUUCUGAGUAUAGUCUCAAUGAAAAUAACUAAUCAAAAUGAAUUGCAUUAUAGCCGGACCAAAUGUCAAAAUUUUAGCAAGGACGGUCAACUUUUUCUCCAAAAUCGGCCGGGAGUUAGAGUUGGAAGCGCUUCCCACCGGUCUGUCGUUGAGAGUGGUCAAUCCUACUAGUACAGCAUGUGCGGUGGCUAACUUUAGUAUGCAGUACUUUAUCAAGUUCCGACAAGGUGCCAACGAUAGUUUUGAAGAGAAUAACUGCAGAGUUUCAAUUAAGUUUGUGUUAAGAAUAUUCAAAAGUCUUGCUACAAUAUUGACUUGUAAAAUGUGGCUAGAUGUGCAACGGAUGAAGAUAAUUUUUCAGUUCAAGUGUAAAUCGGAAGUUACGAAAACUCAUACCAUAUCGUUACUGGAACACGACAACACAAGAUCUCUUCGACUACCGAAAGAGUUCUCCAACAAAAUUGUUGGGGACUAUAAAAUAAUAAGCAAUAUUUUGGUUCACUUUCAUUCUUCGGUUCAUGAAAUCACCUUUGAUAUGAGUCCCGAGAAAACAGUUGUAACUAACUAUAUCGAGAAUGUUUCCAAAGACCGCACAACAAUGCGUUCAACGUGUGUCAUCGAAAGUUCCUUCUUCAAGAGAUUUGAUUUGUCAGAGCCUACAAAACUGACCUUCUGUUAUAAAGAAUUCAAGGCAAUGGCACAUUAUGCUCGUGCUAACCGAAUAAUGGUAGAAAUUAACUUCAACCAUCCAGGAACGCCGUUAGUUAUUCGUAUGCAGAAAGCUAAUGUUUUGCAUAUACAUUUAAUUAUGGGCACGAUGAUACCCAAGUUAGAGAAGCAAAAUCGAAGCGUACAACGAGCCAACAGAAACCUCGCCGGUACUUGGGGAAAUGACAAACAUGCUGUCCCUGUAGAAGAGCGGGCUAGCCAAAGAAUAGAUUCUUGCUCCACGCCUAUGGAUUGCGAUCUAUCAGAACUUGAUGAAAUGAGUCAAACGAUAAGUCAUCUUAGGAAUGAUGACCCUAGUCAGAGAAUUGAACCUGUUCCCUCGAUUGAAGCGGAAGCACAGUCCCAUGUGAAAAGACAUUCAUGGAUCCCGAAAGUAAACUUAAGCAAAAAAUCAUUUUCAGAAAGGAUCUCCUUCCAUGGUCAAACGUCUUCAUCGUCUGAAAAAUUACGUCCAGUGAAUGCGCGCAAUCUAAAUACCAGUGAACCAGAAUCAUAUGACAUUGUCUUCGCAGGUAAUAGCGACGAUCCGAAUUCAGAAAUGCAGUCCCAGUUUCAAUUGGAACAGCAACCAGCAGAAAAACGCUUCAAUCCUGGUCCCUCUGGAUCCGAAGCAAUGUUUAGAGAUACGCAAAUGUCUAAUGCGCCCGACUCUCCUGAGAUAAUCUCAAUUCCCGAGACUGUGCUCGAGUCGCCGGAAGCUAUUGCCGAGCGCAAACGGAAACAAGCAAAAGUUAGGUACAUAUUUCAAAAGUGCUUUGAAGAUACUAUCGAUCCCCGAGCCGCAGCUCUUGCCGCACCGAUACUGGCGGAGAGCUCCGACCCAGAAGACAGUUAGAAAAUAUAAACGUUUAUUUUUCCAGUUA